AUGAUGCCGCCGGUGCGGAGCCGCAAGAUCACGGUGAACGAGCGCAUCGACCACAUCCUCGACGGAUCGUGCCGGGACACGAUCUGCCUGCCCGAAGGCGAUGCGACGAUGCUCCAGCAGUCGCGCGACUCGAAGCGCAUCUCGGAUUUGUACAACGUCUCGUUCGAAGACAAGUUUCUCAAGCAGCGCAUGGCGUACUUGCCGUCGCCGAUUGCAAAAGACCGCCACGAGAUGCGGUCGCGCCUCCGAGUGAGUCGCGAGGGCUACAACUGCUACAGCUCCAGCGCGAGUGCACCGAGCCUUCUGGCGACACCGCCGGUCGUCGUUGUCUCGCCCAUCAAAGAAACCACCAUAGCGAAUGUGACGCCGUGGUAUCUCGGUCGAAACAACGUGCCCGACCAGCCGACUUGCGACCUCUCGGCCAAAACUAAGCGGUAUGGCGCCCGGGGCACGAUCCAGCUGCUUGCACAGGAAACGACGGCAGGAACAGUGCCGCCGCUGACGACGACCAAGUACAAUGCGCCGUCGCCGCUCAAAGUGCUCGGCAAGUUCCAUACGGAGAAUGCAUUUGCGCCAAAGUUGACGGGGUCGCCCAUAACGUGGCCCGAAGACGCAGCGUUUGUGACCGGCCCGAAACUCGCCUUUCAAAACACACACCUCGCGACAAGCUCGGGCGUCUCGCCUAAGAAGAGCGUCCUUACCGAGCCUGUUUUCGCCGACGAGCAUCUUCUACGAGUGGACAGGGCCACGGAGAAGCAAGUCGACUCUUUGAAAGCGGCCCUCGAGCUCGAGCAGGAGCAAGGGCGGGAACAGCGCCGUCUUGGCCGCGACCAGCUCCAGAAAAUGCUGCGCAAGAAGCAGCGCGAGCUACGGCGCCACCCGAACGUGCACCACGAGAAGGUGCCGGCCAAGGCACUGCGAGAGAUCACGCUCAUCAAGUCGCUCGGGCCACCGCGCAUUGCGCCAAUCGAAACCAAGCUUGUUCAAAGCAAAUACGAGCUGCGUUGGAAGACCAUCUUUUUCCUCAUCGACAGCAUUCGACGCAGCGCAUUCAACCGCCCGAUGCUCCAGGAGCUGGCACUGCUCCUCGACAAAAUCACUGAGUGGGGCAUUCGCCACGCGUUGGCCAACCCGUUCGAGAUGACGCGCGACCAGUGCCGUGAGCUCUUUAUGAAGGAGUACCCAAGCUUUGGUGUGCCCAACUUUAACCUGAUGUACUCGUCGUUUGACCCGACGCACACGGACAUUGUGGACAUGCGGGACAUUAUCGGCACGGUCAAGGCGCUGCGCAUCACCAACAACAACUCGACGGGCACCACGAUGAAGGAUAUUGUGUUUGAUUUGAUCGCCAUGUACGCCAACGAAGGCGUCGUGCCCGCGCGCGUUAUCGAGAAGGUGCUCGUCAUGUAUUGCGGCUCCAUCGACGACGAGGCCAAAGUGCACGCCGAGCUGACGGCUCUGUAUGAAUCGCACUACCGGUCGUUUCGUAGCCCGAAAGCACUCGUGCCGCUCCACGAGGUUCUGUCGUUCCUUGGCGACCAGCCGAGCCUCAUUGAUUUGUUUACCGAAUUUUUACGGCACCGACGACGUCACAUGAACUCGUACACGAUCCACGGCACAAGCACGGACGCAAUGGACCAAUAAGAUCUUACGCGUUGAGUG